AUGUAUUUCUUCUCGUUAAUCAACAUUUUUGCUGAUCUGGCAAUCUUUUGGUUGCACAUUUCGGUGACUCAUAAUGAGGAUAGAGAACAUCCUUUGGCUGUUUUGGUUUCAUAUUCAACUGCUCCCUAUUUCUUCAAUCUCUUCCCGGUUAUCAUGAACUCGGCUCUUUUCGGAUUGGACGUUUCUCGGCUCAAGGAUGCCAAGGAAACACUUCAUACUUUCGAUUAUAUCUUCUUCCGUGAUUCCGUGUUCAAAUCAAUCAUGCUUUGCUCUUUCGUCAUGCUCAUCGUCUGGGGAGGAUUCUUAAUGGCAUCAGGACUCGUUUGCUGCAUCAAAAGAGAUCGGAGAAUGUCUAGAUGCGAGUUGGCAAUGCGUGUCGGAGCUUCUUGUGCCGUCGCAAUGAUAUUCAGUAUCUCAUUCUACAAUGGAAUGUUCGAUGUACACGAUAAAGUGAAACACAUGCCAAAUCUUCCGUUUGUCUUCCUUCUCUUCGGUCAUUUCGUGUUCGUUUUGACUCUCCUCUACGGAGUCUGCAAAGUUAAAUACAUGCACGAUCCAUCGAGUGAUCAGGCUGAAGCUAUCCGGCAAUUCCAUUCUCUGCAGGUUUUCGCAAUGAUCAUCUCCGUCCCACUCGCCUACAUGGAAUUCCAAAUGUUCGUCUCUCACGCUCCCCGAUUCAUGUUCUCUGAAUACGAAUCAUUCGUUCGUCUCAUCUUCUUCGCUUCGAUCCUUCUCUUGGAACCAUUCAACAGUCGUUUCCGAUUCCGUGAACGCUUCUACCGUACCACUGUUCACGAGUACCCGGUCGGCCCGGCUCCGGAAGCAAUUCAAGUUGUGAAACCACUCCCACAAAAGAUGGCUCUUGACAUGCCACCACCAAACUACGAAAGUUCAUCUCCACCAGCAUACGAGGCAGCCCGUAAUCUUCGAACCACUUGGACUAUCACUCCACAAUCGAAAGAAUAUACUGGAGCUCAAAUCACUCCAGUCGAGACCAAAUAA